AUGACCUCUGCUAAUCCCGCUGCCCUGCUCGCUUCGGCGGCUAUUCCGUCUUUCAAAUGUCCGCCAGGUACGAAGAUGUAUAUCUUGAAUCUGGGGAUGCUGGAAGCGGAUGAAUCUUGGAUCCUUCGGGGCGCCAACACAAGCUUGUUGAGUGAUCCGAAUCCAGUGAAUAAACGACGUCAACUUGUGCUUCUUUCGGCUUUAAUCGAGUAUCCGGGUGUGGGGCUUAUCCUUUAUGAAACCGGUUGUGCCGAGGAUAUCGAGGUGAAAUGGCCCGCCCCAGUCACUGACGUGUUCCCUCGAGUCGAAUACUCCGAUGACCAUAAAUUGCCGGCGGCGAUUAAAGCCACCGGGCAUGACAUCAAAGAUGUGAAAGCCGUUAUAAUUGGUCAUCUCCAUUUAGAUCAUGCAGGUGGACUGGAACAUUUUAUGGGCACUGACGUCCCGAUCUGGGUUCAUGAAGAAGAAUUCAAACAUGCCUGUUGGGCUAUUGGCACUGGAGCAGAUCUGGGCGUUUAUCUUGGACAUUAUAUGUCGCUGGAAAAGCUUAACUGGCAGACUUUUACGGAGUCUUCGCUGGAUCUUUAUCAGGGAAUUAUUCUGCAUCAUUCGCCGGGUCAUACGCCGGGGUUGUGUAUCAUGCAGGUUAAUUUGGAGAAGGAUGGGACCUUUAUUUGGACGACGGAUCAGUUUCAUGUUGUGGAGAAUUAUGCGCUUGGACAUCCGCAUGGGGGGUUGGCUAGGGACCAUAAUGCUUGGUAUCGUAGUCUUAACAUGAUUCGGAGGCUUCAGCGCUUGUUUAAUGCGAGGUUGAUUUUUGGGCAUGACAAGGAUGUUGCUCAGCAGUUGAUGAGUGAGAAAAGCUUCUUUGAGUGA